AUGCCUUGCAAUGGUCAGCCAGUACCAUAUUACAAUCAAGGACUAGAAAGGUCUGGAUGGGCUAGAAAAAAGCAUCACAAGGCUGUUAAACGCUCGACUGAUAUCUUCAAGAAGCAAUCCAGUGCUGAAAACUUCAAGAAAGAUGAAUCUUGUAACGAUGAAGAAUUGAGGAAUAUCAUUCGAGAUAAUUUGGGAAACGAUCCUACACAAUCAAAGAGACAGAUUCAAAAAGUAGCGGAAGCGAAAUUCAAUACGAAAUUCAAUAUUAUUUGCUCUAAAGGUGACUUCAGCUACAUCACUCACACUGAAAAGUACUGCCAAAUCACGGGAUUAGAUGUUACUUGUUAUGCAUUCAAAGCCGUAUAA